AUGGCAAGGCCGCAAAUACUCGGCCUUCGUCAAGCAAAGUCACUUCUUACACAGCCAUGGCCCCCUCCACCACCAUCAUGUCAAAGCCGAUGCUUCUCCGCAAGCCAGACGAGGCGGAUCAUGGAAACAACUGGCUUCACUGAGAACCAGCUCCUGGUGCGCGACUCCAUCAAGCAAAUAUGUUCCCAGUUCCCGAGCUCGUACUGGCAAGAGCGCGAUCAGAAAGAGCAGGAUCCCAAAGAAUUCCACGCCGCCAUCGCCAAGGGAGGCUGGCUGGGCAUCGCACUCCCAGAGUCACUCGGCGGCUCAGGCCUUGGCAUGUCCGAGGCAACCAUGAUGAUGCAGACAAUUGCGGAAUCUGGAGCCGGCAUGGCUGGAGCACAGGCUAUCCACGCCAACGUCUAUGCCACCCAACCGCUGGCCAAGUUUGGCACCCAAGAGCAGGUGAAUGAGGCGAUUCCCAACAUCAUAUCCGGCAAGUGGCGGACAUGUUUUGGCGUCACGGAACCAAACGCAGGGCUCAACACUCUGGGAUUGUCGACCACGGCCCAAAGGACCGCUGACGGGUACAGCAUCACCGGGCAGAAGAUCUGGAUUACGUGCGCGCAGGUGGCGUCAAAAAUGAUACUGCUGGCUCGCACCACGCCCAGAGACCGGGCCGAGAAGCCAAGUGAAGGGCUGUCUCUGUUCUGUAUCGACCUGGACCGCGCGAGGCCAGGCCUGGAGCUGCGGCGGAUAAAGAAAAUGGGCGGCCGGGCCGUGGACGCCAACGAAGUCUUUUUCGACAACUACCAGAUCCCGGCGUCGGCCAUGAUAGGCGAGCAAGGGCGCGGGUUCAAAAUGAUCCUGCACGGGAUGAAUGCCGAGAGGUGUCUUUUGGCAGGCGAAGCGCUGGGUCUCGGAUAUGCAGCCUUGUCAAAAGCGGCGUCGUAUGCGCGGGAGCGCGUCGUUUUCGAAAGGCCGAUUGGCAUGAACCAAGGCGUUGCGCACCCUUUGGCGGAUGCCUAUGUCAAGCUUGAAGCGGCAAAGCUGGCAACCUACCAUGCGGCAAGGCUAUAUGAUCAAAGCACACAUGAUGCAAAUAUCAAACAAGACGCCGUCGGCGUUGCGGCCAACAGCGCAAAGUAUGUGGCGGCAGAAGCAGCGUUUACGGCGUGCGAGAGGGCCGUUCUCGCCCACGGAGGCAUGGGAUAUGCAGCCGAAUACGACGUGGAGAGGUGGUUUAGGGAGUGUCUUGUCCCCAGAAUCGCGCCUGUGAGCCGGGAAAUGAUUUUGAACUAUAUAAGUGAGAAGGUGCUGAAAUUGCCGAGAAGCUAUUGA